AUGAACUCUCUACGCCUGGAGGCGGACGAGGCCGUAGCCAAGGUUGAGGAGCUUCAGGCUCGUGUCAAGACCCUGGAGCAAGAGAACCUCGCCAAAGAGCAGGAGAUCACAUCUCUGCAGCACAAGAACGGAGUUUUGGAAACAGAUGUCGACAAGCUAGAAACUUCGAUCAAGGACUUCAAGAAAUCGGCCGAAGAAGGCCAGCAGCACGGUACUCAGAACGAGACACUCCAACGCCGUCUUCAACUUUUGGAAGAGGAGGCCGAGGAGGCAGACAAGACUCUACGCGAGGCAAACGAGAAGCUCCGGCAAACCGACGUCAAAGCUGGCCACUUCGAGCGCAAGGUCCAAGCUCUCGAGCAAGAACGCGAUCAGUGGGAGCAGAAGUACGAGGAAAUGGCAAAGAAGCACUCGACCCUCCAGAAGGAAUUGGACGAUCUCCAGGCUGAGAUUGGCACCAUCUGA